GCCUUCUCUUCUUCAUCACCAACAACGACCUCAUCAAUUCCGGCGAAGGAGAUAUUUGGCCACCAGCUCGCAUCAAAUCAAGAAGAUGGACUACCAGAAUCGUGCUGGUUCGAAGUUUGGAGGAGGUGGUGUCGCAUCAACAUCAGCAACUAACGCAGACCGGCGAGAACGUCUUCGAAAGCUCGCUCUCGAAACCAUCGACCUCGACAAAGACCCAUACUUCUUCAAGAACCAUGUUGGCUCCUUUGAAUGUCGCCUUUGCUUGACAGUCCACCAAAAUGAUGGCUCCUACCUUGCCCAUACCCAAGGCCGCAAACAUCAAACCAAUCUCGCGCGUCGUGCCGCCAAAGAGCAGAAGGAAGGACGGGCGGGUGUUGAUCCAGUCACUGGCAUGCCAAUUGGCAUGGUCGGUGCACAAAUCGCGGUCAAGAGAAAUGUUGUGAAGAUCGGACGACCAGGAUACAAGAUCACAAAGACGAGGGACCCGGUUACGAGGCAACAGGGCUUAGUCUUUCAAUUGCAGUACCCAGAGAUAUCGCCAGAUGUUACACCCAAGGUCAGAUUCAUGAGUGCCUACGAGCAGAAGGUGGAUGAUCCUCCGGACAAGAGCUUUCAGUACAUGCUGGUGGCUGCGGAACCGUACGAGACCUGCGGCUUUAAGUUACAGGCACGAGAGGUUGACCGGACCAACGAUAGGUACUACACGUGGUGGGAUCCGGAUCAGAAGGAAUUCUGGGUUCAGGUCAUGUUCAAGACGGAGAGAGAGGAGAGGUACAGCGGUGUUCCAGGAUUGGCACCAUCGGGAAUGUCAAGGCGAUGAGAUUUAGGCUUGUAAGAUGACUUUUUGCAUGGAGUUGGGGAGGAUCACAAGCAAAUUUUUGUCACUUUGUAUUACCAAGCAAGACAUUUCAUCGAAACCAUUGCUAUGAGGCUCUGCUAGCUACAGAGCAUGCUUGAGAUCUACCAACGCCAUGAAAAUGCAAAUCUGAG